UCGGUAAUUUUCGUUGAAUCUACACCGCUAAUCUUCAUAUCAAAAAAUGAAAAGUUGAUUGCAUUUGAUUCUUUUUUUCCUUCCUGAUAUGUUGUAUUUAUUUUGCGGUUUUGAUAUUUUUGCUCAGGUGUUCAAGCGGUAAAAAUGUCGAUUGAUCUGCUUUCCACCCAUUUGCUGUAUUCCUGUUUUAUUUUAUUUGUAACAUGGAUGAUUGUGAGUUUGUGGAAAAAGAACAGUAGAUUACCUCCUGGACCUUGGGGCUAUCCGAUCCUCGGCUAUUACCCAUUUCUUACCCAUACACCGCAUCUGCAAUUUACUAAUUUAGCGAAAUCAUAUGGCAAUGUUUUCAGCUUUCGCACAGUUGGAGGGACUCCCGUUGUAAUUUUAAAUGGUGCGAAAUCUAUCAAAGAAGUAUUUAUUAAUAGAUCUGAUGAGUUUAUUGGAAGACCUGUCAGAAAUAACUUGAAUGCUUGGGUUUCUAAAGGAUACGGUAUUACUCAAGAAGAAGGACCGUCAUGGAAAGAACAGCGUCGUUUCUUCCUACAAUCGGCGAAAAACUUCGGUUUCGGCAAGCUGGAAUUGGAAGGUGUCAUAUUGCAAGAAACACGCCAUUUGUUGAAUGACCUUCGAGAAACAGAAGGUCAGCCAACGGACAUGAAGUAUCAUAUUGCUUUUGCAGCAAAUAACGUAAUUUCACAAGUAGUGUAUAGCAAAAAAUACAAUAAAACCGAAUUCAAAAACAUCUGGACUGAGUUACAUUAUAUGACGGAGAUUUUUGCUGGCAGCGCUAUAUUUUUAGUAGGAUAUUUCUUUGAUUUGGCUUUUUGGCUGUUACCAAACAUGAGAAGAAUCCAGAGUGGCAGAGAUUCUAUCCGGCAAAUCACGGACGAGAUUAUCCGUGAGCACGAGAAAAGUUUUGACGCUGGUAAUCCUAGAGAUUAUGUUGAUGCAUAUCUGAAACACAUGGAGGAAUUGAAAAAGAACGGAAAACUAGAAGAGUAUUCAUUCAACAAAGUCAGACUUGAAGCAAAUGUGAUGAACAUAUUUUUUGAAGGCACGGAGUCCGUUAGUGUGGCGACGUUCUGUUUAUUGUCUGAAUUGAGCAAGCGUCCAGACGUUCAGAUUCUAAUCCAAAAUGAACUGGAUUCAGUGAUUGGUCGAGAACGGUUGCCAUCUUGGACGGACCGGCAAAAUUUACCUCACGUUGUGGCUGCGUUUCAGGAAUUAUUUAGAGUGGCAUCACCAUUCUUAAUCACCCCUCUGUACUGCAAUUUCAAUGAGACCACGAUUGAAGGCUAUAAAAUUCCUGCAAGAAGUCUUAUUGUGGCCAACCUCUGGAGCAUUAACAUUGAUCCACUAACUUAUCCUAACCCAGAGAAAUUCGAUCCAGAGAGAUUUCUUGGUAAAGAUGGAAAAAUACUUAAACACGAAGGACCAUUCCCAUUUGGAUUAGGUAAGAGAUCAUGUCUUGCUGAACCUUUGGCGCAUAGAGAAAUAUUUAUUUUCAUUGUUUCGAUUCUGCAAUCUUUCAAAUUACUUCCUGGAGAUACUGAAGACACUUUACGAGUGAUUGCAAGAGACUAGGUGCAUGAGUAUUUCUUAAUUUUUAUUCCAAAUGUUCAAUUUUUCCCCUUAUACUUUUGAAUAAUAAAGUAUUCUU